AUGGCGGGUAUCACAGCUGUGGAGCCAGUUUUUCAUAGGCUUUGUUCAUACAUAUUUAACAUGGAGCGUGGGAGAUAUUCUGGAGAAGAGAUGGACAGACCUGUGCCAAGUGCAAUAUUUAUUGUUAAUUUUGAUAAGGUCAGAGUGGACCCUAGGAAGAAGGAUAUUGACCUCGAAAGUCUAAUGUAUGGAAGAAUUUCUCAGCUAACCGAGGAAGAGAUGAAAAAACAAGAGGGAGAUUAUGUUUACCGUUAUCAUUACAAUGGAGGUGGUGCCUCUCAGGUUUGGCUGAGCUCUGGCAGAUUUGUUGUGAUCGACCUCUCAGCAGGCCCUUGCACAUAUGGAAAGAUUGAAACCGAAGAAGGCAGUGUCAGUUCCAAAACACUCCCCCGGUUACAGAAUGUGAUGUUUCCUAGAGGCUUGAGUGUUGCUAGUGAUCAUUCUGCCCAUGAUAUUUUUGUUGGACAAGUGGCUGCUCUGGUUGCAACUACAAUUGAACAUGUUAUAGCUCCUGAUGUUAGGUUUGAAAUUGUUGAUACCACAACGAGGUUGCUUGUACCAAUCAUUGUCCUCCAUAAUCAUAAUCGGUACAAUAUCAUGGAUAAAGGCCACAACUACAGUAUAGAUAUUCAAGCUACUGAAGCAGAGGUAAAGAAGAUGGUUCACACUGGGCAGGACGUAGUAAUGAUAGGGGGUAUGCAUGCUUUACAUCGCCAUGAGAAGUUGGCAAUUGCUCUGUCAAAAGCGAUGCGAAGCCAUUCUCUUCAAGAGACAAAGACGGAUGGACGUUUUCAUGUUCAUACAAGGACGUAUUUGGAUGGAGCCAUUCUUAAAGAGGAGAUGGAACGAUCUGCUGAUGUGCUUGCUGCAGGUUUGCUUGAGAUGUCCGAUCCAUCUCUUUCUAGUAAAUUUUUUCUUCAGCAGCACUGGAUGGAUGAGUCUGAUGGUUCAAGUGAUUCAGUUUUAAAGCAUAAACCUCUUUGGGCUACUUAUAGCUCCAAACGUGGCAAGGACAAGAAAAAGAGAGCGGAAGAAAAGAAACAAAAAGGUUUAUACCGGACAUAUGGGACAAGAAUCAUCCCUGUCUUUGUUCUCUCACUGGCUGAUGUGGAUCCACGACUGAUGAUGGAAGAUGAUAGUCUCGUGUGGACAAGUAACGAUGUUGUUAUUGUACUUGAGCAUCAAAAUGAAAAGAUACCCCUAAGUAAUGUCUCAAAAACAGGGAGAAGGCAUGCUAUCCCAUCACAGGCGCAGCGGCAUAUAUUGGCUGGCCUGGCUUCUGUUGUCGGUGGAUUAAGUGCACCAUAUGAAAAGGCUUCUCAUAUACAUGAAAGACCACUUGUGAAAAGGCGUUAUGACCCUGACACGUGGCACCUCGGCUGACACAUCGGCGUCACCUUGCCACGUGUUGGUACUCAUAAAUAUAUCCC